CAUGUUAUGUCUUUUCUCCAUGCAGCAGUGUGCGCACGUGCUACACGGCCAACAGUGUGUGUCACAGCCCUGCCUCACUGAAGUGGGUGGGAGCAGGUGGGGGAAUGGCUGACGAAGUUUAGGGCAGUAGUUAUAAGAGAGUGUUGGCCAGGUCACGGUUGUGUCACUGUUGGAAGGAUCGUAUCACAAAGAGUGCCUUUUUUUCCCCCUGCUCUGACCUGGAAAGCCCAGUCACAGAAAGUUAGGUGAAGAAGAUGAGGGUGAAGGAGGCUCUGGUCCUUCUCUGCGUGGUGUCAACGUGUGACGCUCAGAAGCAGAAAACCCGAAGCUGGGAUCCUAAAGCAGAACACGCCAAUGGCAGGACUUGUUCCAACCUGACUCAGGUUCUGGACAACUGGAAAUUUGCUAUUCUAAGCCAAGUGAAAGACCUGCUGAUUAAUGACCAUGCCUCCGUCCUUCCUGAAUACAACAGGAUCCAGCCUCUGUCAGAAGCUCUGGGUGACCUCUACGGGCAGUUUAACGCGCUGAAAGACGAGCUGGGGAGGCUCACCACAAAGUUCGACAGAGUGGAGGCUUUCGUGGACGAGCUCAGGGAGGGCAGAUUGACUCUGCCCCGGCAACCCAUGCGGAGGAUUUCGCCCAGGGUUGGUCUGAGGUCUCCACUCCGGGCCCAGAUGAGGGCUCCCGACAGGGGGGUUGUUACAGGGCCAAUGCUGAUCAGAGCGAGGAGGAGAGGACCCCGGACUCCUUAGACCCGCUGGCCAGGGGUUUUUUUUCAAACAGGAGUUUGUUUAUAUAUUUUUCAGGUGAUGGGAUUGGCCUGUAGUAUUUUACUGAGUGUGAUGUGACGUAAUUGCAUCACGACUUCGUGACGGUGUAGAAAACUUAUCUUAGCUUCACCUUUCUGUGCAAAGUCACUUUCAACCACAAGGUGACAGUAUUUAUCAAAUUAUCCCAGACUGUCGUCCUACUGCUCAAUAUGUAAUAGCUGGGCAUCAAGUAACAUGACGGAUGAAGACAUAGUUCAGACUGGAGGGAUUAGAUUAGAUUGGACAUAUAAUAUUGUAAUACAAUAUAUAGAUAUUUUCCCAUAUCAACACUGUAUGAUCCUUUUGUAUUUGUUUUGUUUAUCAAUUAUUAAAAAAAGUGUUAUUGCACUUACAAUAUAUUAAUCAACAUUAUUACAUUUGCUGUAUAUAGUUUACAAUACGGUGGAUAGAAAUAAUGAGAGGAACGUAUCAUGAUGAUGAGUUGAUGACAUUAAAGUCAUUAGUUUCAUCCAGCUGAAUGUUAAGAAUAAAGUAACAAAUGCAUGGCAAGAAACUUGACUGUCAAAUAAAAGCUUUUGCCUUUGCCGAAAAAUAAUGGACACAUGUAAGACACUUCACGGAAGAUGAAAUAUAUAAAUGCUUUUAUUGAA